AUCAUGUUGAGCAUUGCCGUGCUAUCCUCACUUCUGUCUCUGGCGUCUGCAGCUGCCAUUAGAGAUCCACAGCAACCGCUCUCUCAAGAUGGCUUGAACCCAGCUCUCGACCACGUCGACCAGGCAGGUUUUGUGAGAUUCCCCAUUGAAGCCAUGAGCGACACCAUGUUUCGCCUGCACCAUCACGCAGCCAGAGCGUUCCUCGGCGACCAGUCGUACGUUGUCCUUCGUGAAGGAGAAAUCUGGAAACGUCGCUCCGAGAUCUGGGAGUACCUCGAGAAACACAACCUAGACUGUCAAGAGUGGUUAGACGCGGAGAUGGAGCCUUCUCACAAAAGUGGUCGAAAGAUCUUCAUGCCGAGCGGUCGCAUCUUCGACAUCGAUCCGAGACGCGUACCAGAGGACGUGAUUGCCGCGCUGCAGAAUCUCUCUGACCAAGAAUUCGAAAAUUCUAGAGAAUUGAGGCGUGAAAAAUUUUGUAACGCUACCGAAUUCGAUGGCAGAGACAGCAACAUGUCCUCUGAUGACGAUGCCAACGAAGGCCAGGCCACACUUGAUCAGAGCUGGAUGGUGAGGAUUCCGAGCGAGUACAUGCAAUAUCAGAUUUCGAAAGUAGAGAUGGACAACAUGUGGAAGGAACAGGACGAAGAGGACAAGAAGGUUAUUCUUGCAGGUGAGCUGUCAGUCAGGAAUGUGGAGAUGCCGGAUCUUAGCAAGUGCAAGAAAGUGAGAGACAUGUAA